GAACCAGAUAAUGACAGCAUCAGAACGCAUAAAAAAAACAGACAGGACUCCCAACAUUCCUCAAGAUAGAGAGAUAGUUGUUUUAGACUAUAAAAAGGUCUACUCAAGUUAUCGUUUCAGCAAUAUGUUUAAGUAUUCCUUGCUUAGGGAAACUAGUGACUCGAUGUCUCACUUUAGAACAAAAGUUUCAUUAAUACUUCGCUUUUACUUUCUGGCAUCCCAGUUGGUAUCUUUGAUCUUGCGACCAAAAACGCAAACAGCUCCUUUUGGCUGGAGAACCAGAACAUCUGAUAGUAUCAGCAAACAUAAAAAUAAGAAGACAUUCACUUGAGACUCUAAAUCAUUAAGAUAUGGCGAAAUGUUGUUUUUUUGGAGUAUGAAGACGUCUUCUUUUCGUUGGAAGAUAAGGACUUACAUUCCCCUUGCAAUAUGUUUAGGUUUUCAAGUAUAGAGAUUUCAGUACUUCAGUAUUUCAUUUUUAGAACAAAAGUUUCCUUGAUCAGUUGCUUUUUAUUUUGCUUUAAGCACUUGGUUCCUUGGAUCUUGAGACCAAAAUCACAAACAGAUCUAAGUCUUUGGUGGGGGACAAGAAGAUCUGAUGGCAUUAGCGACUUUUAAAGCUAUCUGAUAGGACGAUUUUAGUGGCACCAUAAACAGUCACUCCCUUUCUAACUUCACAAAAUACUAGUACUCAUCUUCAGGGUGCUAGACGGAAGAUAAAUGGAUAGUUUACCUCAAAGCAUCAUACUUAACAUUUUCUCUUAUUUACCUUACAAAUUUGUUCGAAAAACUGCUUCUCUUGUGUGUAAGGUGUGGCUGCAAAUUUCUCAGGACAAAAGUCUGAUUAAGUACGCAAGGGAUACCGAGUUCUCAAAAGUAAAGGCCCAAAACUCAUCAAAGGAGACUGUGGAUAACUUUCGUCAGGCGGUUAAAUGGAGGCCUUGUCUCUUCCAAUCUAUAGACUUAUCUGGCGCAAGUACAAACUGGUCAACAUUCUGUGAAAUAGUGGAAAAUUGUACCAGACUGACAGUUUUAAAUAUGGCUAGAAUGCAAGGUGGACUGUCUGAAUAUCCAGUGAUUAGAGCUAUUAACAUUUGGGAGCUCAACUUGAGUGAAACAAAGCUAGAUGACAGCCAUCUAGUUUUUAUUACGGAAAGCAUAUCCUCUUUAGGAAUUUUGAAUGUCUGCAGAUGUGAAAACUUGACCGAUACGAGAAUUAACAAUGCCUCUUUUGAUUCCUUACGUUUUCUUGGACUAGCUCAUUGUAAGGUCGGUGUUGAUUCCAUAAUUUGUGCUAUUCAAAAGCACGAGAUUUUUGCAAUGUGCGUGGAAGGAGUAACAUUAAGCAGAGAUGACAUCUCACAUUUGCUUGAUCUGUUCCCCGACUUGGCUGAGAUUGGCAUUCCCGCUGUGUGUGGCUUGCCACAGGGAACUGUCUCCUCUGAAGCAUUACAGCCACUUUGCUUUUACUGCCUCUCAUCGCCUCUAAAUACGGUCUAG